GCCUGCUAACAGUCAGAGAGGAGGAGAGAGAGAGAGAGAGAGAGAGAGAGAGAGAGAGAGAGAGAGAGAGAGAAUCUGACUGUGGGAAGUGAUGGACACAAAGAGAGACAUGAAACAGAAGAACCCCUGGCACAGGCACAUCAUUGUGAUCAUCGCAUUCCUCUUUGUUGUGGGAAUUAUCGUAUUAGUUACGACAGCUGUUGUACAGAACAAGCCUCUUCCCAAGAACAAUAAGUAUGGCAUCGUCCUGGAUGCAGGUUCUUCUCACACCUCCCUGUAUAUCUACGAGUGGCCAGCAGAGAAGCAGAAUGACACUGGAGUGGUGCAACAGCUACAUGUCUGCCAUGUCACAGGCCCCGGAAUCUCCAGUUAUGCAAUGGACCCAGAAGGGGCAGGAAGAUCUCUACAAGAUUGCAUGAAUGAGGCAAAAAGAAUAGUUCCCAAAAGAAGACACGAGGAAACCCCAGUGUCCCUCGGAGCUACAGCUGGCAUGCGGCUCCUCAAACUGCAGAACCCAGAAGGCUCGGAUAAAGUUCUUUCAUCUGUGAAAAAAACGCUGUCCUCUUUCCCCUUCGAGUUUCUGGGGGCACGGAUUAUCACUGGACAGGACGAGGGGGCGUAUGGGUGGGUCACGGUCAACUACCUGAUGGGUAACUUCAAACAGGGAAGCGGGUGGUUAAAUCUUUGGCCCAAGCCUGAGACCACAGAGACGCUGGGGGCUCUCGAUCUCGGGGGGGCUUCCACACAGAUCACAUUUGUUCCAAAAGGAGAGAUCGAGUCUUUAGAGAGUUCCAUAUAUUUCCAACUGUAUGGCAACAAGUACAACGUUUACACGCACAGCUUUCUCUGUUACGGAAAGGAUCAGGCUCUCAAGAUCACGCUGGCUAAACAAUUACAGGCACAUGUUUCAGGUAGCCUUGAAGAUCCCUGUUUCAACCCAGGUUUUAUUAAAGAAGUGUCUCUGCAAAGCAUCUACAGCAGCCCCUGCACUGCGGGAGAGAGGAACACAACCGGCAUACAGGCCGGGUUCAAUCUCACAGGAACAGGCAACGCACAGCAGUGCCGUGAAAACAUCAAACAAAUCUUCAACUUGACCCACUGCCAGUCAUCCAACUGUUCCUUUAACGGGGUCUACCAGCCCCAGCUGCAUGGGAAUUUCAGGGCCUUUUCAGCAUAUUAUUUUGUAAUGGCUUUCCUAAAUCUGACAACCAGCGAAAGGCCUGUCACACUGGUUGAAGCCAAGGAGAAAAUAAAAGAGUUCUGUUCCACAUCCUGGCAGACAUUAAAAGAGGACUUCCCAAAAGUUAAAGAGAAGUAUCUGAGUGAAUACUGCUUCUCAGGGACCUACAUCUUGACCUUGCUUGAGACUGGAUAUAAAUUCAGCCCAGAGAACUGGAACACAAUUAGCUUCAUUAAGAAGAUUGGGGAUAGCGAUGCUGGUUGGACUCUUGGCUACAUGCUGAAUCUCACAAACAUGAUUCCUUCAGAGGCCCCGUGCUCUCCUCCUCUCCCUCAAGCUGGCUACAUCUCCCUCAUGGUCAUAUUCUCCUUACUCCUCAUGGGGCUCCUUGUCACCGGAUGGCUUUGCUUUGGAAAAAACACUUGCACAUCUCAGAAAGAAGUUGUUUAACAAUACACACGCACGCACACACGCACACACGCACAUGCACAUGCACACGCACACACACUCACACGCACACACACGCAAACACCACACACAGACACAUACCCACACACAAAACUGUGAACCCAAAAUGCUGUCAUUUGUUUCCCAAAGCAGUGAGAGGGUUACGGAAACCUUGUAUUUCUGUUUGUUUCUCGUCUUUUUUUGUUUUUUUACUGUGUGGUUUUACUUUUCACU